CCAAAGCGUUUUUCCUACUUCCUGUGCUCUUGCAGAGACGCGUGCGUCUGGGUUUAACGCGUUUCUGGGCCGUCGUAAGCCCGGCUUAGGGGCAGCUCUGACUCGAGAGCUGGCUACAGGCUCAUGGAAGGUUCCCUGGAACGGGAGGCGCCAGCGGCGGCGUUGGCCGCCGUGCUAAAGCACAGUUCGACUUUGCCGCCCGAAAGCACCCAGGUCCGGGGCUACGACUUCAACCGCGGUGUGAAUUACCGCGCACUGCUGGAAGCCUUCGGCACCACUGGCUUCCAGGCAACCAACUUCGGGCGCGCUGUACAGCAAGUCAAUGCCAUGAUCGAGAAGAAGCUGGAACCGCUGUCACAGGAUGAAGACCAGCACGCGGACCUGACCCAGAGCCGCCGCCCACUUACCGGCUGCACCAUUUUCCUGGGAUAUACAUCCAACCUCAUCAGUUCAGGCAUCCGUGAGACCAUUCGCUACCUUGUGCAGCACAACAUGGUGGAUGUAUUGGUGACCACAGCUGGCGGCGUGGAGGAAGACCUCAUCAAGUGCCUGGCGCCCACAUACUUGGGCGAGUUUAGCCUCAGGGGGAAGGAGCUCCGGGAGAACGGGAUCAAUAGGAUCGGAAACCUGCUGGUGCCCAAUGACAAUUACUGCAAGUUUGAGGACUGGCUGAUGCCCAUUCUGGACCAGAUGGUGCUGGAGCAGAACACAGAGGGUGUCAAGUGGACGCCUUCUAAGAUGAUCGCCCGGCUAGGCAAGGAGAUCAACAACCCAGAGUCCGUGUAUUACUGGGCCCAGAAGAACCACAUCCCUGUGUUUAGUCCCGCACUUACAGACGGCUCGCUGGGUGACAUGAUCUUCUUCCAUUCCUACAAGAACCCGGGCCUGGUCCUGGACAUCGUUGAGGACCUCAGGCUCAUCAACACACAGGCCAUCUUUGCCAAGUGCACUGGGAUGAUCAUUCUGGGCGGGGGCGUGGUCAAGCACCACAUCGCCAAUGCCAACCUCAUGCGGAACGGGGCCGACUACGCUAUCUACAUCAACACAGCCCAGGAGUUUGAUGGCUCUGACUCAGGUGCCCGACCAGACGAGGCUGUCUCCUGGGGCAAGAUCCGGGUGGAUGCACAGCCCGUCAAGGUCUAUGCUGACGCCUCCCUGGUCUUCCCCCUGCUUGUGGCUGAAACCUUUGCCCAGAAGAUGGAUGCCUUCAUGCAUGAGAAGAACGAGGACUGAGCGGCUGCGGUCCCAGGAAGGUCUUACCCCGUCCUCUAUUUAUUAAUUUGCAGACCCAGCCCCUCCCCUACUUUUUGGUCUGCCAUGUGUCUAGAAUAAGAUGGUCUCUGAAGUCCUUC